AUGGGAUUGCUUUCCUUGGGUACUCCACUAGACUGGCACGAGUCAAAGAAACAUAAUGAACACGUUAGAGACAAUGGUAUCACUCAGUUGAUAAACAUAUUUCGUCAACACUACAACAGAGACAAUGAUCGAUUUUUUUGGGGGGACGAGGUUGAGUACAUGUUGGUUGAUUUAGAUGAGCAACUGAAGACGGCAAAGUUGGCCAUUGACAAAGACUUUGUUUUGGACGACUUGAAUGAUGAGACCAAAUCACUUCCGAAGGCUCAAGAGAAUAAUGUUUUGUUUCAUCCUGAGUAUGGUAGAUACAUGAUAGAGGCUACUCCAGCAAAGCCAUACGAUGGAACUAGACUUGAGGAUUAUGUCUAUGUUGAGGAUAAUAUGAUCAAACGAAGGGAGUUGAGUACUGACGAACUUCCCAAACAUAUCAAGCCAUUGACAAUCACUGCAUUUCCAAGAAUGGGAUGUGGAACGUUUACUUCACCACCCGCCAAACCCAUUGGACCUGCAUCACAAUCAUUGUUUUUACCCGAUGAGAUUAUCAAUCGGCAUGCUCGAUUCCCCACGUUAACAGCCAAUAUUCGUAAAAGAAAAGGUCACAAGGUUGCCAUGAAUUUACCCAUGUACCCAGAUAAACGUACAAAAUUACUAGAUGAUUCGAUACCAACCAAUCGUCAACUAUUCAAGAGCGAUAAAGAGCCCCACAUUGGUGCUUCCAAGCCGGGGCAUGUAUAUAUGGAUUCAAUGGGAUUUGGCAUGGGCUCCAGUUGCUUACAAAUUACCAUGCAGUGUGAGAACAUCGACCAGGCGAGAUACUUGUAUGACGCUUUAGUACCAGUGGCACCAAUAUUGUUGAGUUUGACUGGUGCAGCACCUAUAUUCAAAGGCUACUUGGUUGAUCAGGAUGUGAGGUGGAAUGUCAUUUGUGGCGCUGUUGAUGAUCGUACAUUUGUGGAAAAGUCAGAAGAGCCGUAUCCAAACUAUCACCUAUUCGGUGGAUUGGACAUUGAUGAAAAGGAAAACUUACAGGUGAACAAUCACAGCGUGAAUGCUUAUGGGGAUUUGCAGGAUCUUUACACAAAAGAUGGCAAGCCUAUUCAAAGGGUUCCUAAAUCGCGAUACGGCUCAGUUGACAACUAUCUCGGGGAUCACAACUAUGAUACAAGCUAUUUUAAGGAUGCUUUCAACGAUUUGAAUGCGCCAAUAAACUCCAAAAUCUACAAACGUUUGAUAAAUGACAAACUGGGACAAUUUGACAAGUAUUUGGCCAACCAUUUUGCCCAUUUGUUUAUCAGAGAUCCAUUGGUUAUAUUUAGUGAGAGAAUCAAUCAGGAUAACAAAUUGAGUAAUGAUCAUUUUGAGAAUUUGCAAAGUACUAAUUGGCAAACACUACGCUUCAAACCACCAGCAUUAUACGAAAGUGAUACCAAUGGCAAAAUCGAUUUUAGUGACAAGCCAGGAUGGAGGGUUGAGUUCAGACCAAUGGAGGUUCAAGUCACUGAUUUCGAAAACGCGGCAUUUUCAUCCUUCAUUACGUUACUAUCACGAGCUAUUUUGAAAUUCAGACCAAACUUCUACAUCCCCAUUCUGAAGGUGGAAUUGAAUAUGACAUUAGCUCACAGGGUUGAUUCUGUAUUGAAUGAUAAAUUUUGGUUCAAGUCAAUGGAUUCUUGGAAUUUGGACUAUCAUGAUUUUACGGGAUAUGACUUUACUUGGUUUGAUAGGUUUUUGAUGGAAGGAAACGACGUUUUGGAAGAUGGCCCUGUAUAUCUCAAGGGAUAUGCUUCGAGUGCAAGUCUUGCUGGUAUGAAUGGAAGGACUAAUGGGAAUGGAGUUGCUAACCAUACCCAAAUGAAUGGAUCUAUAGCAAAGAACAAGAAGGGAUGCGAGGGCAAGACAGUUGAAGAUGUAAAUGAUGUCGAUGAUUUUGGCAUGGAUCAACGAUACACCAUCAACGAGAUCAUCAACGGAGAUGGUAAAUUCCCCGGCUUGAUAAGCUUAAUCAUCAAGUUAAUUGCAACUGAGUUGGUCCCGGAAUCGUGUCAGCAUUGUCCCAACACCAAAUGUGCUCAAACGUUGAUCAGAUUGAAAUUUUACCUUUUGUUGGUUUCAAAACGAGCUAGCGGUGAAAUACCGACUGCCGCACAUUGGAUGAGACAUAAAGUGUUGAAUAAUCCAAACUAUGAACAAGACUCCAAAGUCUCAGAGGCGAUCAAUUACGAGCUAAUGGAGGAUAUCGAUAAAUUGACACAAUUGAGUGAUAAAGAGUUAGUGACUGAAUUUUUUGGUGAUGUGAUUAGCGAUUAUUUGUUGAAUCACAAGGCUCCACUGAGAUGA